AUACGGACGGCCCUGAUUUAAAAUGUACUGGUGCUGCUUUCAGUGACGGUGACAUAGGAAUGUCCUUCUCUGACGUCUUGGAUGCUGAGGGUAUCUACCUUGGGUCCUGUGUUAAGUCCAAGGCCAAGAGUGGAUGUCAGCAAAAGGUUUAUCAGCAAGCCGUAUAUUGGCUGAUCUGAGAGCAGAGAGGAAAUUUCAUUUGCAGUGAAUGUGAGGGAGGUUUGCAGAGCUCUGGCCUGGAGGCUUUUUGAUUCUUGAGAUGUCACUGAAACGAGCAGACGGGAUGUCCAUUGCCCAGGCUUUAGCCAUGACUGUAGCAGAGAUACCUGUCUUUCUCUAUUCCACAUUUGGGCAGUCCAUAUUUUCUCAGCUAAAGCUUUCCCCAAGCCUGAAGAAGGUGCUAUUUGCUACAGCACUCGGUAGUGUUGCACUGGCUCUCACCGCUCAUCAGCUCAAAAGGCGAGGCAGAAAGAGGAAGCAGUUAACACAAUCAAAGGAGGGCCAGAAAACAGUAGGAAUACCUGAGGCGCUCUUGAAGACGGGAAGACCUUCAACACUGAAGAAAGGUCCACUCAGUGGUCGACAGAUCAUGAGCCCCAGCUCUCGGAGCAAUGACACCAUGAGUGGAAUUUCCUCCCUGGCUCCCAGUAAACACUCGAGUUCCUCACACAGCCUGGCCUCUACACGAGUCCCAAGCUCCCCAAAUCAGUCUGCUAAUCCCUCUACCCCCUGGGAGACAGAGCCUGUGGUUGAAGAGGUUGGGACAAUAGAGGAUGCCAAUGCAGAAAAUCUGUAUUUAAUAGGAAUGGAGCUGUUUGAGGAAGCGCUACGAAAAUGGGAACAAGCUCUGAAUAUUCGUCAUCACACAUACUCGACCUCCAGUAACAACAGCCUUGCUCUGCAAGGGGCAGCGUGUGGAGAUUCCCCCACAGGCGAAGUUCGUAAUAAAGUAUUUGCUGAGAAGUUAGAGACACUACUGCACAGGGCGUACCAUCUACAAGAGGAUUUUGGCAGCACUAUCCCGACAGACAGUGUAUUGGCAGACUUUGAGAGUGAAGGAACACUUAUCUUGCCUCAAGUGGAGAGUUUCCACAGACUGCAAGAUGAUGACGCGACUACUGUUACCUCUGAUGACUCCUUUUUCUCAGCUGCAGAGCUGCUUGAUAACAUGACUCUUGAAGAGGUCUAUCAGCCAAUGAAGCCAGCAGCUCUCUAUGAAGAAGCCCUGUCUCUUGUCCAGGAGGGUAGAGUGAACUAUAGGUCCUUGAGGACUGAAUUACUUGAAUGUUAUGGUGACCAAGACUUCCUUGCCAAGCUUCACUGUGUGAGACAAGCAUUCCAGGUCCUGUUGUUAGAUGAAACUCACCGCACAUUUUUUAUGGAGACUGGGAAGCAGAUGAUAACAGGACUAAUGGUUAAAGCAAACAAGGGUCCCAAAGCCUUCCUGGAGAGCUAUGAAGACAUGCUGCUUUACACUCAGAGAGAGGAAACAUGGCCCGUCACUAAGAUGGAGCUGGAAGGACGAGGGGUGGUCUGUAUGAACUUUUUUGACAUAGUGUUGGACUUCAUUCUGAUGGAUGCUUUUGAAGACCUGGAGAGCCCUCCGUCCUCUGUGGUAGCUGUGUUAAGGAAUCGCUGGCUCUCUGACAGCUUUAAAGAGACGGCUCUGGCUACUGCCUGCUGGUCUGUCUUGAAAGCCAAAAGGCGGCUUCUUAUGGUUCCUGAUGGAUUUAUCUCACACUUCUACGCCAUAUCAGAACAUGUGAGCCCAGUCUUAGCUUUUGGGUUUUUGGGACCCAGGCAGCAUCUGAGUGAAGUUUGCACAAUUUUCAAGCAACAAAUCGUGCAGUACCUUAAGGAUAUGUUUGAUCAUGACAAGGUCCGCUUCACCACUGCUCAGUGCUUGGCUGAGGACAUCCUGAAACUUUCCCAUCGCAGGAGUGAGAUCUUAUUGGGUUAUCUGGGAAUCGAUAGCAUUUUGGACCUCAAUGGUGCCCUGCCCAGAGACACAGAAGGCUCCUCAGUGACCAGCUAGGGUCGCUAAGGGCUGACAAUUUGGAACAGAAGGAAUUGCAACCCAACACUUAAUCCCUCUUUCCAUUAAUAUUGGACGGAAUCCUGCUUCUGUGAUACACCGAGAACCAGCAUUAUUCAUUAAUCUGCCCUCAUUAAACCAAACUACUGUAACAGGAUAUAUUUCACCAUAUCUGAAGUGUCACUACUCCUUGUUCUAAUCAGGGAGACCAUUUGGAUCGCAUGAUUCAACUUCUUCCUGUGUUGCUGCGCUGUUGCGUAUCCAGAAAGCCGGCUAUAACCACAGACAUGUAAGGACUUGUUUCUGCCUUGUUGGGUGACAUGAAUACUUGUUAAAAACACAGCUGACAAACACACUUCCCACACAUGAGGACUGCGCCGUCUGCAUAAAUACUCCACAUGGACCAAAUCUCCUCUGAGAGCUGUGUUCAUCACCAGUGGGAUGGAGCUUAAUAUCAUAAUCUUCACUUGUAUGUGAAAAGAGAAUGAGUCGGUAUUGUGUGCUUCUACAUUUUAUAUUAAAAAUGGAAGGAUAUUUGUGAAAACCAUGACAUUUCAUUAGAACCUUGGUCAUCCAAAGACUAUAAAUGCAGUUGUUUUGUUGUUUUCCUUGUCCUUAAACCCAUUUAAUUUCCAGGUUAUCACUUCAGUUCAAUUGAGCAGGCUGACGGGUGACAUAUCUAGACGUGUGUUUGUAAUAUUGGUCUAGAAAGCAAACAAAAAUAGAGGUUGAUCUAUCCUGAAAGGCAUCUUUUUUUUCUUAAAAUUACAAUAUUCUCUGAUUGACAUAGAAUGUUAAUCACAAUUUAAAAUAUGUUACAGAAAGCAGAUGGUGUGACACUUUGGUUUACUUUUGGGGAGUAAUAUGAGACUUAAAAUCAUUAUCAAUUGGAUUUGCUUAUCAAAUUUCAUAAACAGCAGGUUAAAUUAGCUUUAAUUACUUUCAGAUAUAGUCUUAAAGUGUACAACUAAAGACGUUUUAAAUCAGAUUAUGAAUGAAUGGAAGCAAAGGUAUCCAAACACAAAUAGUGUCACAAAGUCUGUUUUCAAUGUUGCAUUUUGAACAAUACCACCUCAUUUUUUGUAGUCUUCUUUUUGUUUGCCUGUUCAUUCACUCACAUGGCUUUCUGGAAUGAUACAAUCACCAAUCUCUAUUUUUCCUCUAGCAAUUGGACCCUCAGGCUAUUGGUCUUGCUUUUUACUCUGUUUGAAAACAUAUUGUCCAUUACUUCUGUGGUGAAAGCGUUGUGUGUCUCUAAGAUUACCUCCUAAUCCGCCCAGCAGUUUUAAAAAGAUGACGUGACCUGUAAAUGAAACAGUGCCAUCUGGUAGUCUUAUCCAGGUUAUUCAGGAUUUCAUAACGAUAUGCAGUGAAGAACAGGGCAUUGUACAGUUGAGCUGUAACUUAAAUAAGUGCACUGAUUAUAACCUCUUAGCGCUCUCCAUGUGAUUUCUUGGAGCACAGAGACUUUGAAGGGGCACCGAGAUGCCAAGUUACUGUGAAGUUUCUUCUGCAGUCCAAUAGAAAGCACCACUGCUCAGUUAGGUGUGGUGUCUAGUUUGUUUAAGAAACUAUGCUGUACUAAAUUAUUUUCAUUAAAUAUGAUUUUAAAUAAAAUAUUUAUUAUAGAUGACAUUGGAAGCACAGUAUAGAUGCUCAUGGCUACCAGUGUGUGUAGAAGGCUCAUUUAACUUUUUUUAAUAUAUCAGUAAUUUAUCAUAAAAAGAUUAACAGCUUUAUGAUCAUUACCUUCAUAGGCAUGUGUUUUGUGGCACUGAUAAUCCAAAUCAUGCUGACCUCAGAAAUAUGUUUUUACCUAGCUGAGUUGUACUGGCUGUGUGGAAACAUCAGUAUUGUUGGCUUAGCUGAAGCUGCAAAUGGAGCAUUUACAGAAAAUGACUUGGCUCUUUGUUUUAAUCGGUGUGCAGCUUUGUGUUUUAAGCAUUUUGCACUUUAGCAGAAAAAUGUGGGAAUGUCUGUCCAGUCUAUUUAAUCAUAGUUUCAGACUUCAAGGGGUGUUUUCAGAGACGGGGCUUAAGGCUAGUCCCAGACUAAAAUGCCUGUUAUAGCUGACUUGACUCAGUCCCUUGCAAAGACUUGGCUUAAAUACGUCCCAGUUUUAUCUCAUUCUAGAUUAAACUAUACCAGUUGCAAGAGUGAUGAUUAGACUCCAAAGUCUCAGACUAUUUAAAAUGCCCUUAAAACAAGAUUAAAUUUAAAUCAGCUGAUUUAACUAGUACAGAUUAAAGCCUAGUCCUGGUUUACUCUAAACCCUGUCUCUGAAACUCGCCCCAGAUGUACAAACCAUUAAAUUAUUUAUGACCUCACACAACAGAUUUAUUAUUAAUUAGACAAAUGAAUAUUGUACAGUGAAGAAAUUAUAUUUCCCAGAAAACCAUACUAUAGAAAUAGUAAAUUAUUUCUGUGAUCAUAAGGUUUUGUUGAAGUGUCCAUCUUUAAAUUAUUUAGUUUCUCCACAUUUAGCGUGUGUGGUCUGAUCCCUGAUGAGCUGCUUUUAAAAAACAUGUUCUCCUGUCAUUUAAUGAUAUUGUAGAGUAUCAAUAACAUAUAAUGGAGGUAAACAGUUAAGGGGGAAAAAAGCUUCCAUUAGUCGUAGAGGAUUCUGCUUUUCUGUGGUCUCAGAGUUUGCAUGUUAACUGUAGGUUUUCUGCAUCAGUGCAACAUGUAGACACAGGCCAAGCCUGAGUUGUCGUGCAUUUUUAAAAAUUACCAAUUAGAAAUAAGCUAAAGAAAAUAUUUAGAAAGUUGACAUUAGAAAGCUUAAAUUUAAGCAUGAACUCUUACUUGGUGCAUAAUUUGAAUAAUUUUAGAGUUUUAUGAGGAUUUCAGGUGGCCAAAAUGUGUGUUUUUUUUUUCACAAAUGUACAUUACAAGUGUCCUACCCAUGCCUUUAGUCUUUUCUAAUGUGAUACUGCGACAACAGCACAAUCUGUAAAUUGAUUUACAUUAUCCAUAUUAAAUGUUAUUUUUGGUUAUUAAAA